UAAUGAUUUUAUUACUUCUAAUACAGAUUCAACUUUCUAUUGGAGUCAGCACUUCAAGAAUUCGAUCAUAGUAAUCAUAGACACUUUAAGCAAUGUUUCCUGAUGCCUCCUUAAAAGCUAUUCAUAAUAAAUAAAAUAUUUACACAUUAAAGUAUUUUAUGGAAUAUAAUGAAUAGUAUCACUGAAGCAUAUGAUACUGAUUUGAUUGAUGAUAAUGGAGACAUUAUUGAGACACCUUAUGUAUCCUUAGAUAAUAUCGAUUUAGAUCAUUUUAUAGUUGAAAAUGGUAAUUAAUUUGACAUAUAAAAAAUAGAAUGUGUGGCAUUUCCAAAGUAUCCCUAAUUGACAGAAUUAAUGGAUUAUCAUAUAUGGAAUUCAAGCGAAAAUACGUUUUAUUCAGAUAUUAUUACAGCAUCAGAUUAUUCGAACAUGUACAUAGUAACUUAGGAUUUGAUGCUUUUAUAAUUCAAAUUAAAUACUAGAUAUUGGGUAGUUUCUUAAUAAUCGAAAUAAAUAGACUUAAAAUAAUAUAUCGAAAAUUAGAACUAAUCCAUUAGAACAAAUGCUUAUUUUAGUUGUCCUAAGGUUUAAAUGAAUUUAAAUUUAGGGUCAUUUAAAUUGUUUGAUAAUAUCUGAAUAUGGAGCAUUUUGGAUACCUAAAUUUGUUGAUUUUGAUGAUCCUAAAACAGAAAUUGUGCCAGAAUUAGAUAAAAAUUUCAUUAAAAGGAAGGAGAUUCUAAAGAUUUCUACUUUUGAGAGUAUAUUAGCUAUUGCAACAGGUGAGGAAGGUGUUGAUAUUUACAGAUGUGGAUAUAAGAUUAGUAGUAAUUUUGACAAGAAAAUAUAUUAUUUAAGCACAAUUAACAAUUAAUAAAUGGAAAUUCCUUUGAGUUAAUAAAUUUAUAUAAUAGGAGUUAAAAUAUAAGAAAAUUUAUUAUAUGUAUUAGAUGAAGAUUUAGGUGUAUUUAUAUUUGAUACAUCAAAUCUAUAAAAAUGUAAUUUGAAAAUGAAAAUACCAAUUCCAAGAACAAUUGCCUUUGAUUUUUAUGGAAAUACAUUAAUGGUAGUUGCAGAAACUGUAAAUCAUAUUUAAUAUAUUUUGGAAAUAUUCUUAGAUUUCAAUGCUAAUACUUAUUAUGUUAAUAGAGUUUAUGUUGAUGAUUUUACUUUUGUUGAUAUUUAAAUGACAGAUGAAUAUGCCUUUUUUAUUGCAGAAGAUACUCAUAUGAUAAUAAAACAUUCUAUAUUCAAUGGGUUUGUAAAGAACAAUAAAGAGCUAGUUCGAACUUUCUUUGAAGAUUAAUUAAUUAAGUUCUAGCAUUUUACUUCUGUUGUUGAAUAAUCUUAAAGAUAUUCAAAAACCAUAUAUUAUGUUGGAUUAUCUAGAAAAUCUAUUCAUGCUUGGAAAUUUAGAAAUUAUAAUUCCUUUUUAGCAUACAAUUUUGAUUCAAGAGUAGAAAAGGAAUAUACAUUAAAAUCAAAUGCAACUGCAUGUUAUAAAGAUUAAGAAAAAUCCCCAUACAUUUAAUGUUAAAUGAUUUAAAAAGUAAAAGUAGUAUCUGAUGGUACUUUAUUGGAAUCUGAUAGUCUUGCAAUAAUUAUUACAGUUUCUUGUAUUUCCUCAGUAUAUUAUAAUAUUAAUUUAGGCAAUUUUCAUCAUAUUAUUAGUUUUUUUGUGUACUAAAUGGAGAAAAUUUGUAAGAUCAAUUAAAAUGAAAACUGAGAGCUUGAAAAACAUGAAAAGCUAUGGAAGGAUUUAAGAAUAGGAACAGAAUGCAUGA